AUGACGUCGACAGCAAUCGUCGGCUCGACCGGCUUGGUGGGCUCCUCCAUCCUCUCCACUCUCCUCUCCCUCCCUCAAAUCUCCAGCGUCCACUCAAUCUCCCGGCGCAAACCGGCCGCCGCCGCCACGGACACAAAACUCGACCCCGUCAUCGAACCCGAUACGGCUCAAUGGCCCGCGAAAUUCAGCUUGAUCUCUCCACCUCCUCAAAUCUUCUUCUCCGGCCUCGGAACCACCCGCGGCGCUGCAGGAAGCGUCGCCGCCCAGCGCCUGAUCGAUCACGACCUCAACCUCUCCCUCGCCCAAGCCGCCAAAGAAGCGGGCGUAAAAGUCUACGUGCUGAUCUCCAGCGGGGGCGCAAGCGCGCAGUCCAUGAUGGCCUAUCCGAAGAUGAAGGGUGAGCUGGAGGAGGCGGUCAAGGGGUUGGGUUUUGAUCACACCGUCAUUUUGCGACCGGGAUUGAUUGUGGGCGAGAGGGAGGAGAGUCGGCCAGCCGAAUGGUUGGUUAGAAAGAUUGCGGGCGCAGCGGGAAUGAUCAGUACCGGGUUGAAGGAUGUGUGGGCCCAAGAUAAGGACGUUAUUGCUAAGGCUGCGGUGAGCGCUGGUUUGAAGGCUCUUGAAGGGGGUGAGGAUGUGCCGAAGGUGUGGAUGGUUGGCCAGUCCGAUAUUGUGAGGUUGGGGAGGACGGAGUGGAAGGCUUGA